AUAGCUAAUUAUUUGCCAGCUGUGUAUGUUGGCUUUUUUAAGCUAAGCUAAGCUGGCUGCAAACAUGAAGACCGCGGACUUCCGUUAAUAGCAGUUGUGCUUGAGUAUGAUAAAUCGCGCGAUGUAAUUUUUAUAUGGUUUAAUCUGAAACCGGUAAUAAUGGAUGAUGUUAUUUCGUUGAGCUCGGACAGUGAAGAGGACUCGGAUGUAGAGUUUGUAAGCAGUUUUAAGGAUAACACACAAUUAGGUGUUCCGUUCAUCAAUGCUGAAUUGCUCCCCGUCACACCUGUACUUAUUGAUAUCAAGCAGAGCCCCUUUUAUUCUCAUGGACCAAGACACUCACAGAAAGUACCAAAACUACGGUGUUCUACCAUAGAAGUCAUAGAUCUGUGUAAUCCCAGUCUUCCUAGACAAAAGCCGCAGAGCAUCACAUCAGAUCACACACUGAAUGAAACAGCAAAUCGAUUUUUUAAAUCAUCUGUCAAGUCCGGAAUUCUUAAUAAAGAUGGAAACUCAAAUAAAGAUGUAAUUAAUUUGGAUUCUGGUGAUGGACAAGAAGAGGUUUCAACAAAUCAGCAUGAUGAGAUUCAUUCGUGUUUGGAGGACAGAAAUAAUCAAAAAUCAGUAAGCUUCUCUCAGCAUGGGUCACAGUAUAAUUCAAAUUCUGAUCUUUUGGACUUUUGGACUUUUGAUAUUUCAAACGGAUUCCAGGUGUCACCCACACAUAAGCUGCAGAACAGUGUUAACGUUGAGGAAACACAAAACACUAAACUCCCACAAAAGUCUUCAUCACCGGCUGCUGCUGAAAAGGACGUUGAACUCGGUGAAACGUUGGACUGUGGUCAAAGCUGGUUAGACAAACUUCCCUCUCCUUUUAGCCUUGACAGUUCAUACCACUGCCCAAGUGAAAUAGAUGCUAUGGUAUUCUCCGACGAGUCCUGGAUAGAAGGUACUAUUGGACAGCAUACUACACCAAGCGGUAUGACUAACAUAGAAACACAUUUGCACAAAAAUUCUUCUUAUGCUCAGACAUUACCUACCUCAUGUGAAGCAUCUCUCAUCUCCAGCCUGCCAUGUGGGCAGGAGGAACCCAUCCGCCCUACAUCUACAGAAAUACCCGCUUGGGAUUUUCUAGAAAUUGGGUCUGAUUUGGACCUAGAGAGUCUACCCAGCAGUCCUUUGCCAUCCUGUAGUCUCAGUCUGCCCAGUCCACAAUCACACCUACUCUUCUGUACAGAGACAGUGGCAUCAGGUAUGAAAGACUCAGGAUUGGGUUCAGUAUCAUCAGAAUAUCUUCCAUCUAGUCAGUGGAUGAGAACUGACUUGGGUGUGGAGAUAGAUGUCCCAGAACCUAAUACACAAGAUGGACAGCAAAUUUCUCUGGUGCAGCUUAGAAAGCUGAAACACUUAAUUGGAGGACCAGAAAAAAAUAAGCUAAAUGUGGCUGAUGAGGAACAUCAAGACUUUGGUCUGGCUGAACCACUGUGUAGACAGAGCCUAAGUCUGGUCUACAGUACUAUUGAAGAGAACUACCCUGAAGGCACUCUGCAACUGCUGUCUGACUUUAUUCAGCCAUGUUAUUACCCUCCAGCUGAUAUCAUCUCCCACCUUCUGAAAGGAAUCCUGCUUGAGCCACAGUGUAGUAAAGUGCUGGCAAUGGAAGCUUACAAUCUGCUCAUGAGAACACAGAAAUACCACCCUGCAGACAAAUCAUCUAUUCCUUUAGACUGGGAGUUAUUAUCAUCAAUAAUGGCUGAACAGGUUGAGACCAAGAGGCUACGGAGUGAAGUACGAUGCCUGCUGUUUCAGUACAUGCUGAAGGUUUUAGAAGACGACUUUCAGUUUAAGCUCCCGAUGCAGCAGCUUCAUCUCUCUGUUGCUAAUCAAAUGCUGUCAUGUGACAAGAAGUUCAGACAGGUCAGGGAACUCAUUGACUGGUUGAUGGAUACAGCAAAGCAGUCUUUUAAUACAUCUGAUAAUAAAGAAAUUCCAAAAACGGAGCAAAACGGCUGUCUCAAGAUGCUGCUAAUUCUACAGAGAAUGCUGUUGUUAUCCAUGGAAGUGGACCUCAGACCCACUUGCAGCUCCAGUAAGCUCUCUCAGGAGCUCCGUAUCAGCCUCAACAGUCAAGCCCCAUGCAGACGGCUCAGGUUUCUGUUGCUAAGCACUUUGGAGAGUAACCUGCUGAGGUGUAAGCUGGUGGAGCUGUUGCUGGAUCAGGCCUGUUCUCAAAAGAAAGCACUCCCCAUGUCCUUUAGUUUGUUGCUGCACUUCCUUCACAGCUCCACACUGGCACCUGACCCAUUAGAUGGUUCAGAAAGAUGGAGAAGGUGGGAUGAACUUCUGCAGCUUAUCUGGAUGCUGAUGCUCAGCUAUGAAGAAGUGAUAACAGGUCACCUCCGCUACCCCAUUUCGGAGCGGUUUGGAGUGAAUCGCACCCCUAUGUGGACUCAAAAUGAUCGUUUGACCCAAGCUGCAGUUCAGGAGGCAGCUGAAGCAUUUCUGUCACGUGCCGUGAAGGAUCUUGGCCAUGAUCUCCCAUCACAUAUACAAGAGUCAUUAUCACUGCUGCAGGAACACUUACUUUCCAUCUCUUUACAUAAAUAGAAUAUUGUCUAAAAAUUUUGUAAUAUUUUUUUAUUACUCUGAAAUUUUUAAAUACAUGUAUAUAUUGCUAUAGAUUGAGUUCUUUCUUGUGUUAUGUGUAUUUUUUAAUUGACUAAAAUGAGGUCAGAGUUGGUGCUCUGGUGGUGGAGCAGUCUACUACUCAAUCCCAUAAUUGUUAAGAUAUGUGCUGACAACUGC